AUUCUGGAGGCACGGCAAGCGAGUAAUCUGGCAAACUGACCGCUUAUUCAACACCGCGCGAUAAGCGACGAAUUUCAACGCAAUUCCGCCCUAAACCAGGAAUUACAUCGCAAUUUGAUGCCGAAACAUCGGCGGGAAAGUACCGCCAAUGGACUUCCAUCACUGAUGAUCGCGUUUGAAAGCUGAUAAUGAUGAAGAUGAAGUUGCGAGCGGCGGGAGGCGAAAAUCACCGAUGCGACUUGAAUUCUGUUAACGGAACCGAUCGGCCGGGACGCCGUGAGAGCGGCCGAUCGACUCCGCUCGAUAAGGAGGCGGUGUUCGAGUGGUUCGGUUUACAGCUGAGCCCGGCCGGACGCGUCGAGCUGCUCUGCGGGCUCCUGCAUAUGUGUCAGCCGCUGGAGCUGCGCUUCCUCGGCGCCUGUCUGGAGGAUCUGGCCCGGAGAGAUUUCACCGUCCUACGGGACUUUGAAACCCGGGCCAACUGCCCCGCGGAUUUGGAGGGGCUGGUGGACGUGAGCGCGAGCGACCCCGUGGUGUUGUCCAAACUGCUGGUAUAUGUGUCACUACUCGGAUCCAAGAGCAGGGAAUGCGCCGGGAUAUUAUUCAGGACGUUAAACCGGAUUGAGGCGGGUAUGUGUGGGGCUGUGCCGGAGCCGGAGACGGUUGACCAGCUGCGGCUGCUAUUCACUAUGGGCUCGUUACACCCGGCGUUCAGUUUCCAUCAGCGGGAGGAGCUGAGAGCACAGCUGGACAGACUCCAGGAAUGGAGUCAGUUUUCCAGACCGAGGUUCAUCUGUCCACCUCAGAAGAAUGAAGUGGACUGGAGUCUAUGCAGUGAUCCCAAUCCUCACCUCAGCAGCAGGUCACAGAGAGAAGUGGUGCACAUUAAGAAGGUCGUUCUGAAGGACAUUUCUGUGGCAGGAGACAGCAGGCAGUACACUUUUGAGGUGAAAUGGUCCGACUCUUCACUGACCGGCGUCAACAAAAGCCAUCGUGAAUUAGAGGACUUCCUGUUAAAGCUUCCUAAGGAGCAGAGCCCUGAUGGCUUUGAGAAAAGUUUUGUCAGGUUAUUAAAUUGUGCGGAUCAAUGUGAGGUCAGAGAACUGGAGAGAAAUCUCAGGGAGAAAUUUUUGUCUUUAUCACCGGAUGUUCUUCAGAGGUGUGACGUCUCCACAUUCUUCCUGUCUGACCCAUCUUCACUGGCAUGCAGCCGCUGUAAGACACCACAACUUGCUUUUCUUGUACCGGAUACCAAAACAUUAAAGAUUAGUGCCAGAGCACCUGUAUCCAGAAUCCAUCCGCCUGCACGUGGUUUCUCUGAGGACUGCUCGGAGACCUCCAGCCUGGAAGAGGACGUUGAGGGUUACAGCGUCAGAGCUGGAGGCCUGAGUAAUCCACAUUCAGAAUGCCAGAGAAGAGGAAACUGUGAGCAGAAAGGAGAGAGAGUUUGGAUGAAAGGCACAGAAUGUGAACAGGGCUGCACAAAUGACAGGAGAAUUCUUACGCCCGGACAGAAGAGCAAAGGAAGAUCUGCUGGCAAAAGGGAGAGGGGUCGAAGGGUCACCAGCACAAAGACUUCUGCUGGGAUCCAGAAACCUUCCGCAACACUGAUGAGCAACCAGACGGCUUGUAAAGACGCAGGAAGGAUCAAAUAUGGAGACACAUCCUCCGAGAGCUCUAACUCCGUGCCAUCCAGUCCCGUUCACCACAAGAGCCUGGAGGACCAAGACACAGAGAGCCAGUCCGAUAACUCUGCUCAGGAACCUGAGAAAACUCACCCUGCCAAAGGCAUUGGCGGGAAAGCGGUCGCCAUGGUGAAUCCAUUAGUCGCCGAGCCUCAGAACGUCCUGCAGCCGCCUUCAGUUGUCGAAUUAGACCUGACUUGCCUACCUUAUGCCCUCCAGUACAACCACACCCAGAGGGACACCAACGGGGGCAAGAUCACCAUAACCAUCCCGCUGCCACGAGAACCUGGAACAUCGUCUGCCAUUACCCACCCACAACAGCAACCACAGCUGGGGGCGUUUAGCAUCCUCUCGGGUGCCCAGUGUUCUAAGAAACACGGCACUGCCAACAAUCCCUUCAAAACUAACACAAAGGCACCUACGCUGUCCACCACUUCUUCAAGGCCAAGUUCCUCUUGCCAAAUCCCAGGACCUUGCUCCACGACCGUACCCACACACACCCCGGGGCUCGGACCCAUGCAGCCCCCCGCUGUCACGCACAGCACCGCUCAGAGCGAUUCGGUGUCCUACAUCAACAGCUCGAACCCGCCGGUCACGCCCCAGACGCAGGCCGGCGCAACACAACAACAACACCAGCAGGGGGGAUGCAACGCAUGCGGCUGCCGCGGUAGUUGCGGCGGCAACGUCGCCCACCAGUCUCUCAGCUACUUCUUGCCUCCCCAACCUGCUCGUCAAAUGUUUGGUCCGCCUCCCCAGUUCUUCCACCUCACGCCUUCUAGUUUCCCCGCCCAAGCCCAUCAGAAUAACGGGACGCCUCUGCCCUUCUACGCUCACACGGGUCCUCCUGCGGCAUUUCUCCACGCCACCUCGGACCACAUGUUGGCCUCGCAGGCGGGUUACAGCUUGCCCCAAAUGCCCGCUUUUCGACGCUUCUAUCAACCCCAACCCAUCUUUCCACCGGUGGGCUUGAUGUCGGGUGGAACCAACGUGAAGAAGACGGCCAACGUGUCGUGCUAUAACUGCGGAAUGAGCGGCCAUUACGCCCAGGAAUGCAAGCAGCCGUCCACCGAUGCGGGUAUGACAGGUGGUUUCCGGCUAAAGUACGUUGGCCCGAACUCCUCAGAUUCCUUAGACAAAAAUGAUUGACCGCACAUAGAGGACCAAAGCCUGUCAGCCACGUUUCUGAUGAUAUUUUAGACAGACAGUUAUGUUUGUAUUACUAUCCUUGUCAAAAGGGUUUACUGUAAGAAAAAAAAGAAAGAGCCAACGCACAGAGAGAGAGGAGAGGAAGGGAAUGUUUUCACACUGCUAGAACGACGACUCGACAGUGUUUACAGUUGAUAGAGUUUCUCUUACACGCUAUCAUAACUUAAUGUUAUAGAUGACAGUUUAUUUGUUUUAGGUUCUGAAAAACACUUUAUUGUUCUCAGAUGAUUUUUAUAGAAAGCUAAGGGUAAAAUGAAACUUGAGUCAGUGCAGUAUUUUUUUUGGACGGGUGAACCUUUAUUGCCUUUUAUACAUGUUUGAGCAGUUGUGCCAGAGAAAAGAUAAAAUACUGUUAAAAACUGAUGUUUUGUAAGUUCUUAUUUUGUUAUGAAAGAUUAGCUUUGUCUCUGCUGAUAUAGCUUAAAACGAUACUCUGGCAGAUGUUAUACGCUGCUGGUUUGCUCUUUUCUCAUUUGAACACGACACACUACGGUUUUUGUUCUCUUAUUAAUGUGAGUGAGAUAUUUGAAAUGCACUGAAAGAGCCAGACUUGCAGUUCUGCCUCUCAUUCACGUGCUCUGACCACUAGAGGGCACAAGAGUUUUAUCCUGCAGCUUUAGCCUUAAAUAUCCUCCCAUGUCUGGAUUCCGUGCUUUGUGAAGUGUUUAGAUUCAGACAAUAUCCCUCAUACAUGUUCAUUCUAAGCCUGAAGCACUAUCAGAAAAAAUGCAAAUAGAUUUUGUCAUGAAACGCUCUUUAACCGAGAAAUACUUUUUUUAAAGGAAGGUUAAGUUUGUUUCUGGAUUUAACGUGAUGGUCAUUAUAGGACAACUCUAAGCAUUUAGGAUUCCUUGCUUGUGUGUUAAAAGUAGUUUUUUGAUAAAUGGCAAAGAGUUUGACAUUCGUGCCUAUUGCUAUGCGAUCACUCGUGUGCGUGCUGAAAAUAAUUGUGCAAAGUCUUAAUUCUGUGUUAAAGUAAAUAUUUAAAAGCAAAGUUAUGAUUCCGGACAUCUUAUUGAAAUAGCCAAAGCAUCCCUUUUUAUAUAUGGAGAUUUGGCAUGUUUGUAUCGAGAGUAUUUUAUUUUGCUAUUUUCAAUUUGAUGAAGGGUCUUAGACAUUUAACAUGCGUGUCCAGACUUCUUUUAAAGCACAUUUACUAUGAGGAACAUGACCUGUGAUGGGAAACAAUAGUAGGUUGCAGGUUUUUAGAUGUGCUUCAUUUGGUUAAAAUGGGUAUCUAUCUGUAAACAGACUCUGGAGGGAGUCAUCCUACUCAAGGCUGAACCCAAAAACCUGUAGACUUUAUUUGUUACACUUUUUAUAGAUAUAUGAAGCUGUACUGUAUAUGAACGAGGUUUGAUAUUUGCCUCUUGAGUUUACGUUUACUGUAUUUCCUAUGUAAAUGUUGAUUCAUCUGUACUAAGAGGUCAAAUUAAUCUGAUCACGUUUGCAUUUUCUGCCGAAUUGAUCAUUUAUGUCCAGAUAAUAGCAAUAAAUACAAAACACCCA